AGAUGCAUUUUCAGAAGACAGGACUCCAGCGAUAAUGCACCACCUUGAAACAACCUGACAGAGAUUUAACAAGCCGGACAGGUGCCAUUAAGUUUCAGUGGACAGACUCAUCUUUGCGGAUCCAACUGCACAGCAGAAACAGACCUAGGAGAGAUUCUUAGCAUCCCCCAAAUCUCAUUGGCCCUCUGGACAAGCCAUCCCACAACCAGUCCUGCCGCACAACCAGAUUCCUUUCAGCACUCGCAGCCGUGGACAGCUCCCCGGCUGGCGGUGGUUUCCUCUGCAGUGAGCUGACUUACUCUGCCAAUCGCGGUGGGGGCCGAACCCACAGCAGUCCCAACCGACGCUCACAGAACCAGCGCGCCCUCCCUCCGCGCUCUCCGUUCCCCGCCCCUCGCUCACCCCGGCCCACUCCAGCGGGACUUUGAGGGAUUCCCUCUCCGGCGGUCUCUGCAGCAGCACAUCUGGCCUCAUUCUGGGUACGGCAAGCAUGGAUCUCCGAAGAAGAGCCAUCCCCAGCGCCGAAAGACUUCGAGUUUUAUUGCUGCUGUUCCAUGCAACAGCUCAAAUCAUGGCAGAACAAGAAGUGGAAAAUCUCUCAGGCCUUUCCACUAACCCUGAAAAAGAUAUAUUUGUGGUGCGGGAAAAUGGGACGACGUGUCUCAUGGCAGAGUUUGCAGCCAAAUUUAUUGUACCUUAUGACGUGUGGGCCAGCAAUUACGUAGAUCUGAUCACAGAACAGGCUGAUAUCGCGUUGACCCGGGGAGCCGAGGUGAAGGGCCGCUGUGGCCCCAACGAGUCGGAGCUGCAGGUGUUCUGGGUGGAUCGCGCUUACGCACUCAAAAUGCUCUUUGUAAAGGAAAGCCGCAACACGUCCAAGGGAGCCGAGGCGACUUGGAGGCUGAGCAAGGUGCAGUUUGUCUAUGAUUCUUCUGAGAAGACCCACUUUAAAGACGCAGUCAGCGCUGGGAAGCACACAGCCAACUCGCAUCACCUCUCUGCCUUGGUCACCCCAGCUGGGAUGUCCUAUGAGUGUCAAGCUCAGCAAACCAUUUCACUGGCCUCUAGUGAUCCGCAGAAGACGGUCACCAUGAUGCUGUCUGCAGUUCACAUCCAACCCUUUGACAUUAUCUCAGACUUUGUCUUCAGUGAAGAGCAUAAAUGCCCAGUGGAUGAACAAGAGCAACUGGAAGAGACCUUGCCUUUGAUCUUGGGCCUCAUCCUGGGCCUUGUCAUCGUGGUAACGCUCGCGAUUUACCACAUCCACCACAAAAUGACGGCCAACCAGGUGCAGAUCCCCAGGGACCGAUCCCAGUAUAAGCACAUGGGCUAGGGGCCGCUAGGCAGGCAGCCCCUCGCCCUCCCUCAACUGGAUCAGGUAGAACAACAGCACUUCUCACCUCGUACACCAGGACACACCAACAUAGCUACAAUCAAACAGGCCUGGGUACCCGAGGCUUGCUUGGCCUGCACCCACGCUUAAUCCCAGGGAUCAGGGGAUUCUUUUGGCUGUAUGGAGUGAAUGGCAGUAUUCUCUUCAGGAUGGGGAGUGGGGAAGGAGGGGCUCCAUCGGCUCUCAUGCUCAUGGUGGCUUGGCUUUGAACUCUGCAAGGAUUAACAAAUGCCACUUGCCCUGGCAUCUGGCCCCAAAGUUUAGGGAUUGUGAAAACACACUUCUCUGGGGGAGGAAACCCCUUUUCAGUUCAGAGGAAUAGGGAGUCUUUUGCUCCUUCCGACACAGCUGGCUUACCUUAUAUACAGUUGUCAAUGCACAAAAAUACAACCUCAUGCUCCCUGCAGCGAGACCCCUGAAUGUGACCCAUGCUUCUGGCUGGCGUCCUGCAUGUCUAGUGAUCGUCUUGGGAAUGUUUCUCUGCUACCCGCACCCAGUGAACUUUGCAGCACAAGAAUCCGUUUAAUGUAUCUAUGCAGAAUUGUUUGGACUUCAUAAUGUGCCAGGUCCGAGGAGGCGGACCUGAAGAAUCAAUCCAUGUGAGUUUGUUUAUCAAAAUGAAUUAAAACGCACUACUCUCUG